CUAUUUUCGCGCCGAAUUCGACACGUGAAGAAUUUUCCCGGGAAACACACUGUCCGACGCGCGCACACAUACAGGUCUAUGUGACAAGGGCACAGGCAUUUAAAUCGGCGAACCAGCAGUGGACUGAAAGUAAAGUUGGCUGAGGGAGAAAUUUUCCUGUUUUGAAAAGAAAGAUGUCUGGUUUUGAUAAUCAAGGGGUCUUUUACUCCGAUAAUUUUGGAUCGGAGGGAAUUCAGGAAGAUGGGCAAGUUAAUCGCAUGGCUGUGCAGCGUCGAUUUAAAGAUUUUCUUCGAAAAUUUCACGAUGCAAACUUCACGUACAAAUACAGAGAUGAGCUAAAGCGACACUACAAUCUGGGCCAGUUCUGGCUGGAUGUAAAUCUUGACGAUGUGGCCAGCUUUGAUGAAGAUCUGGCUGAUAAACUCAAGAAAAAUCCUGCAGAAUUUUUGCCAUUUUUUGAGGAUGCGGCUAAAGAGAUGGCGGACGAGGUCACCAGGCCACGCCCAGAAGGGGAGGAGGGAGUCCAGGAGGAAGUCGAGGAUAUUCAAAUUAUGUUGAACUCCGAGGCUAACCCGAUCUCCAUCAGAAACCUGAAGUCGGACCAGGUGUCUCGACUGAUCAAGAUACCGGGCAUUGUAAUCGCUGCGUCGGCCAUCAGGGCUAAGGCAACCAAGAUCACCAUUCAGUGCCGAGGAUGUCGUAACUUCAUCCCCAAGCUGUCUGUUAAACCAGGACUGGAGGGGUACACCAUGCCACGCAAGUGUAACGCGGAUCAAGCAGGCCGACCCUCAUGCCCCUUGGAUCCAUACUUCAUUGUCCCAGAUAAGUGCAAGUGUGUGGACUACCAAGUCCUGAAGUUACAGGAGUGUCCCGAGGAUGUACCCAAUGGUGAAUUGCCCAGGCACAUCCAGUUGUACUGCGACAGAUAUUUGUGUGAGCGUGUUGUCCCCGGUAACCGUGUCACCAUCAUGGGCGUGUACGCUAUCAAAAAGAUGGGACCAGUUUCAAAGAGGUCACGUUCAGACAAGGUGGCCGUGGGCAUUCGUAGCCCUUACAUCCGCGUGGUGGGCUUUGAGGUAGACACGGAGGGUCCGGGCCGUAGCUCUGGUGUUCCCCUCUUAUCGGAGGAAGAAGAGGAAUUCCGUCAACUGGCCGCCAAUCCCAACGUCUACGAGCUCAUUGCAAAGAGCAUAGCGCCCUCUAUCUACGGCAGCAUCGAUAUAAAGAAGGCCAUUGCCUGUCUCCUGAUUGGUGGAUCCCGUAAGCGUAUGCCCGACGGUUUGACGCGCCGUGGGGACAUCAAUCUCUUGUUGCUUGGCGACCCCGGAACGGCCAAGAGUCAGCUGCUGAAAUUUGUGGAGAAAGUUUCGCCAAUUGGGGUUUAUACAUCAGGUAAAGGAAGCAGUGCAGCUGGUCUGACGGCCUCUGUUAUCAGAGAUCCACAAUCUCGGAAUUUCAUAAUGGAGGGCGGGGCCAUGGUCUUGGCUGACGGGGGCGUGGUCUGCAUCGACGAAUUUGACAAGAUGCGAGAGGACGAUCGCGUGGCUAUCCAUGAGGCCAUGGAGCAACAGACCAUCUCCAUUGCCAAGGCAGGCAUCACUACCACGCUCAACUCGAGGGCUUCGGUCCUGGCCGCGGCCAAUUCGGUGUUCGGACGCUGGGAUGACACUAAGGGAGACGAUAACAUUGACUUCAUGCCUACCAUUCUGUCGCGUUUUGAUAUGAUCUUCAUUGUCAAGGAUGAGCAUGAUGAGGAAAAAGACAUGAGGCUCGCAAAGCACGUAAUGAACGUCCACAUGACAGCGCAAGGCAUGGCUCAACAAGGCCCUUCACAGGAAGGAGAACUUCCCCUCAACUUCCUCAAGAAGUUUAUCUCCUACGUCAGAAAUAAGUGUGGACCUCGCAUCUCCGAAGGGGCAGCCGAGAAACUGAAGAACCGCUACGUUUUGAUGCGCAGCGGAGCGCGAGAACACGAGAGGGAGACAGACAAGAAGACCAACAUUCCAAUCACUGUCAGGCAACUUGAGGCUAUUAUCCGCAUCACUGAGUCCCUGGCCAAGAUGCAGUUGAAGCCUUUUGCCUCAGAGGCCCAUGUGGAUGAGGCGCUGCGUCUCUUCCAAGUAUCCACCCUGGAUGCAGCCAGGACAGGCAACCUAUCAGGUGUUGAAGGAUUCACAACCCAGGAGGAUCAAGAAGAACUGAACAGGAUUGAGAAACAACUGAAACGCCGCUUUGCUAUCGGCUCACAGGUCUCGGAACACUGCAUCAUUCAAGACUUCCUGCGCCAGAAAUAUCCCGAGCGUUCCAUCUACAAGGUUCUGCAUCUGAUGAUGCGAAGAGGGGAAAUUCAGUACCGCAUGCAACGUAAGAUGCUGUACCGCUUGAAGUAAGAAGUGGAAGCGGGGUUGGAAAAGUGUGAAUAACAGUGUCAAGACUGAAAAACUUUUACUUUGUCAAGAUCACUUCAAGCCGGUAUAAAUUGUUGCACAUAUGUGUCUAAAAUUCAUAACUUAUGAAGGUGUAAUGUUAUGCCAAGGUUGAAUGAUCAGCCACUUCUGGACUGGUUCCUGUCCUGUAGUCAAGAACAUACAAUAUUUCAGGGUACCAGUCUAAACUGCUUCAUUAUAGGACAGUUUUGUUUAUAGAUGAAAAGGUCAUCAUGGAAAAGGUAGA